AUAAUAUAUCGAUACAAAUUAUUAUCGGAGUUCCAUUCUCUCGUGCUGAAUUUUACAAUCUAUUUCUUAUCGCAUUCAACACUUCCUUUUGUCAUGAUAUAUAUCAAUUUAUAUCGUCAUUGUGAAUAGUAAUGACUAGCAUUUUUUUUUUCUGACUUCAAUUGUUUUGCCUUCUAACCUGUACCAAGACCGCGUGCUUUUUUUUUUCUAUUGAUUUUUUAAUUAGUUUUAGUUUGAGAUUAUAUAUAACUGCAGACAUGGUUAUUACACCGCCACCGGUUUUGUGGGCACAAAGAAAAAACCAACUCUUUAUCACAUUUUGUUUGGAAGACUGCAAAGAUCCGACAAUAAAUAUUGAUGCGGAAAAAGUUUAUUUCAAAGGUGUCGGUGGAACUGAUCAAAAAGAACAUGAGGUUACUAUCAAUUUAUUCAAAGAAAUUGACCCAGAGAAGACAACUAAAAAUGCCAAAGGAAGACUUUUUGAUGUUGUAUUAAUGAAAAAAGAAGAAGGCCCUUACUGGCCAAGACUCACCAAGGAAAACAACAAAUUCCAUUGGUUGAAAAUUGACUUCAACAAGUGGAGAGACGAAGACGACUCUGAUGGCAGUGCCAGCGAUGAUGGUAUUCGAGGUGGAGGAGGAGGAGGAGACUUCGAAAGUGUAAUGCGUGACAUGGGAUACCUGUCCGGAAAUGGGGACAUGAAACCAAAUUUGGAUGACUUACCGGACCCGGUUGAUGGCGAGGACACAGCUGAAUCUGAUGAAGAACUUCCUGAUCUUGAGUGAAAAUAUUUAAAAGACCAAAAAGUAAAAACGUUUUUAAAUAAAAAAUAAAAAUAACAAAAAAAUAUGAGGGCCUUUUAACUUUUCCUCAGCGAUCGCGACUUUUAUAACAAAAAAAAAAAAAAAAAAAAAAAAAAAACUUAUAUACGUAAGCCCUUGUGACAUUAACAGUUUUAAAAUAGCAAAAUUAUCUUUUGCAAUUGACGAGGGCACCGGUGACGUAUUAGCGAAUUUCCCUGUCCCGCGGCCACUUUCAGAAAAAAAAUGAUAAAGUAAAGAAUAAAUGAAAAACAAAAUUAUGAUAAUUAAGCAAUGAUAAUAAUAAUAAUAGUAAGUUAAUCAGCAGGACUAUUGAAUGGCUAGUGGGCAAAAUAAAAAAUAGAGUUCUUUGAAUUUAUUUCCUCAUUGUUAAUUUUUAUUUAAUAAAAAUAAGUUGUAAUAAUAAUUAUAAUAUUAAUAAUAUACAAGCUUUUUUAAUAAUGAUCAAUCGAACGUGUAAAAUAAAGGUAUAAAAAAAUGUGGAAAAUAAAAAACUGUGUUCAAUAA